UCUCUGCUACGCGCGAGCGAGUAAGGUAUAGCGUGCGUGGAGGGACAGAUGCAGCUGCAGCGACCAGUGCUUCCUCGCAUUCAAGGACUCGUGCCGUCGCCGCCGCCGCUGCCUGGAUUUAUCUCGAGAGUUGAAGAUACGAACAUACCGAUACGACUAUGCGCAAGCCGUUAGUGCGGAGAGGGGCCCCGAAAUAAUCGCCGCCACCGCAGCGCGAUGUCCGUCGCUCAUUCCAGCGCGAGACGUCGUUGCGAGCGCAACAACGCAGGCGCAUCGUCCUUAUACUAUCGCUUCGAAAAUGAGCAUCACCGUUACCUGCGUCGCGCCAGUCAACAUCGCCGUUAUCAAGUAUUGGGGCAAACGCGAUGAGGACCUCAUUUUACCCAUCAACGACUCGCUUAGCGCGACUUUGGAUACGGAACACCUUUGUGCCAAAACAACUGUGAGGGCCAGCCCAGAAUUCAAAGAAAACAAAAUAUGGCUGAAUGGAAGGGAAGAGUCCAUGGACAAUCCAAGACUGCAAAAUUGCCUGAAAGAAAUAAAGAAAAGAUCUCAAUUAUCAAAAGAUAUGGAAAGUUGGAAAAUUCACAUUUGCUCAGAAAACAAUUUUCCAACAGCAGCUGGUCUGGCAUCCAGUGCAGCAGGAUAUGCAUGCCUAGCUGCUGCUCUUGCAAAGCUCUACAGAGUAGAAGGAGAUAUAAGUGGCAUAGCAAGAGCAGGUUCAGGAUCAGCCUGUAGAAGCGUUUAUGGUGGUUUUGUCAGAUGGUAUAAGGGUAGUGACCCAACUGGUAUCGACAGUAUUGCAAAGCCCAUUGCACCUGCCUCUCAUUGGCCUGACAUGAGGAUUCUUGUACUGGUUGUGAAUGACUCCAAAAAGAAAGUAUCCAGUGCAAUAGGCAUGAAGAGGACUCUGUUGACCUCUGAGUUUCUGACAUAUAAGGCUGAAAAAAUUAUUCCCCAGAGGAUUGAACAAAUUCAAGAGGCCAUUCUGAAGAGAGAUUUUGAAACCUUUGCAGAACACACUAUGAGAGACUCUAAUGAAAUGCAUGCAGCUUGCUUGGCUGCUUAUCCACCUUGUAUUUACAUGAAUGACACUUCGCAUCUCAUUGUUGAAUUGAUGCAUCAGUAUAAUUCUACCAGCGAUAGAACUAAGGUGGCAUAUUCAUUUGAUGCUGGUCCAAAUGCAACAUUGUUCCUGCUAGAAAAGGAUGUUGCAGAGCUACUUGGAAUUCUCGAUCACUACCUUCCUCCUGCUGUUGAUAAUAAUCUCGAGUAUAGAAAGGGAAUUUCAAUUGAGGUUACUUCACCAUCACAGAGCCUUUUACAAAAAAUAAACUUUCCAGAGCAACAGCCUGGAAAGCUUAAAUACAUUAUUCACACCCAAGUGGGCAGUGGACCAAAGCAGCUUCCAGAUUCUGAAGCCCUCAAAUUCCAUUAAUAAUGACAAUAAUUUUAAGACUAUGAGCAACUAUAUCAAAUUGUUAUAAGUAAAAAAUUCAGGGGUUGAAUUCUCUUCCAAAAAAUAAAUAUUUAUGAGUAGGUAUGAUAUAUUGUAAUAUAACAUUGAGACUGCUUUGAAAAGCAGUAUUUUUUAAAGUUUUUAAUAAAUUUGUUACCUAAAAAGCA